UCGGGGCGCGCGAGGCGGGCGGCCAUGACAGUGGGCGGGCCGGGGCGGCUCCACCCGGCUGGUGGCGGCGAAGAUGGCAGAUUUCCUGAAGGGGCUCCCGGUGUACAACAAGAGCAACUUCAGCAGGUUCCAUGCGGAUUCCGUCUGCAAGGCUUCCAACCGCCGGCCCUCGGUGUAUUUGCCCACCAGAGAAUUCCCCUCGGAACAGAUUAUCGUGACAGAGAAGACAAACAUCCUCCUGCGCUACCUCCACCAGCAGUGGGACAAAAAGAAUGCGGCCAAGAAGCGCGAGCAGGAGCAGGGCGAGCUCGAGGGCGAGAACUCGGCCCCGCCGCGCAAAAUCGCCCGGACCGGCAGCCAGGACAUGACCGAGGACACUUAAAACACCCCGGAGCCGGGCGUUCCCAAGGCUCUUCCCGCUUCUUCUCACCUCCCGCACCCCUCCCCUGACCCGCUGGGAAUUCCCAGGAUCCGCCCUAUUUAUUUGGGAUUUGCCUCGUGCCUGGUUUUUGGUUUGUAUUUAUGGGGUUUUUAUGGAGAGGGAGAAUUGUUCGUCCUUAGGGGCCCUAAUUCCCAAAAUUCCUGGUUUUUCUGGGGUAUCCCAGAAUUCCUAAUUCCCCAAAAUUCCCCCUUUUCCUGAGAUUCCUGGGAUUCGCUCCUGAGAUCUCCCAGGUGAGCUCAUUUCCAAAAAUCCCCUUUUCCUGGGAUUUAUUCCCUUCCCAAAAUUCCCUUUUUCCUGGGAUUCCUCAGAUCUGCUCCUUGAGAAAUUCCAGGACAACUCCCCCCCUUUUUUUUCCCCCCCCCAAAAUUCCACUUCUUUUGGGAUUCUUGGGAUCUACUCCCUGUGACACCCCAGAAUUCCUCAUUUCCAAAACCCCACUUUUUCUGGGAUCUCCUCCCUUCCCAAAAAUCCCCUUUUCCCAGGAUUCCCCACAUCUCUUCCCUGUAAAAUUCCAAGAUUUUUUUUUCCCUUCACGUCCCCCUGGAGAAAUUCCCAGGAAUCCUUUGGAUAUUCCCAACCCAACCACAACUGUGAGGCCUUUCCCAUUUUUCCAGAAAAUUCCCAACCCCUUCCCAGGCUCCGGUCAUGGCUGGAGCCGAUCCCUGGGAAUUUGGACCCCGGGAUUUUUUUGGGGCUGGAUCCACGGAAUUUUUUUCCCCACCCUCUGGAAAAGCUGGGAGCGUCGAUCCUUAAAUCCCAAUUUUCUCCUGGGAAUUGCUGGAUCCUGUCUGAGGGAUCACUCGGAAUUCCCAGGACUGGGAGCGGCCCCAGAUCUGGGAGAAUCCUGGCUGGAAUUCCAGGAAUCCAGGAUGGAAUCUGGGAUCUGGGCUGGAAUUUGCGAUCUGGGUUGGAAGAAUCCAGGCUGGAAUUCUGGGAAUCCAGGCUGGAAUUCCAGAAUCCAGGUGGGAAAUCCAGGAAUCCAGGAUGUAAUUUGGGAUCUGGGCUGGAAUUCAGGAAUCCAAGGUGGAAUUCAGGAUCUGGGCUGGAAGAAUCCAGGAUGGAAUUCAGGAAUCCAGGAUGGAAGAAUCCAGGCUGGAAUUCCGGGAAUGCAGAGCCCAUCCCAUGCUCCCCAAAUCCUCGGGAUUGAGACAAUUCCCAGCCGCCUUUCCGGGACCAUCCAGAGGCUCAGGAUCCAUGGAGAACUUUGGGAAAGGACCGGAUGAUCCCAAAAUUCCAGCUGCUUUUCCAUGAGGAGCUGAUUCCCGCAGGAAUCCCGGAAUUCGGGGCCUUUCUCCCUCCCCUUGCUGGGAAGCCCACAGGGAUUUUUCCAGGAGAUUUCCAGGAUCAAUUCCCAGCUCUGACUCUGGGAGGGUUCCUGCCGCCCCUUUUCCCGGAAAAUCCCGGAUCCACCCUCGGAAUUCCGGGCUGGGAAGGGCCAAAACUCCUCCAGAAGCUCGGGAGGAGCAGGACACAGCUCCGGUCGGAAUUCCCGGAAUUUGGGACUGGAAUUCAAUCCAGAACUUUGGCUCUGCCUCCGUUUUUCCCAAUUUUUUUUUGUUUUGUUUUGUUUUGGUUGGUUGGUUUUUUUAUGGAAGCAACUUUGGAAUUCCUGGAAUGCAGUGUUGGGGGGGUGGGGGGAGGGGAAGGACAAGCGGAAUUCCCGGGAUUUUGGUUUGGUUUGGGAUUUCCAGCUGGAGAACUCCGGGAGGAGCCGGAUUUGAGGAAUCUCCGGAAGGAAUUCCGGGGGUUCCAGGAGAGGAGGGCGGAUCCCGGGGUUCCCGAGGCUCGGGAAUGUUGUUCCAUUAAAGAGUUGGCACUUCC